AUGUUCAAAUCGGAUCAGCUCAAGUCAUUCUUUCCACGUUUCAAGCAAUUAAAACGUCUUUGUAGCAGCAGCUCUAAUUCCUCAAAUGGGGAAAAAUUAAGAGAUCGCUUGCGAAUAACGUGGAAAUUGUUAAUUAACAAGACUGCAUGUCGUCGUGCCUUGGCAAGUACUUUUCAUCCAUAUUGUCGUGAGACAUCGAUCCACGGAUUGAAACAUCUUUUCGUGCCAUUUGCGGAAAAUGAAUUGCGUGGAAAGCAAGGAAAAUAUCUUAAGCUUCUAAGUCACAUAAUUUGGAUCACAAGCGUAAUUUGUUGCGCCAUUUUUUGUUUGUAUCUCAUGGUAAUUUCGCUCAAUAAUUACUUUGAGAUACUCACAACAACCUCAAUUGAGUCAAUUAACUACCCAAUUUCGGAAGUUCCGUUUCCAGCAGUGACCUUUUGCAGCAUUAACAAGGUUUAUAAACCGAAUACGAGGAUGAUUCAAGAGUUGGCUGAAAAAGAAGGAAUCAAUCACGAAAAUUACACAAAUUUUUUGAAAUCUUUGUCAAAAUUGACAACUUUGGAUCUGGAAACUGACAAAACGAUUCUCGAGGUAGAAAAAAAGUUACUGGGAGCGAAUUUGACAAUUGCGGCUCUUAUGGAAACUGUUUCCCAGCCAUGUAAUAGACUGUUGAUGCGAUGUCAGCUUCGUGGCGAUGUCGUACGUUGUAAUAGAAUUUUUCGUUUAAUUACGACGUAUGAGGGUUUUUGCUGUUCUUUUAAUUAUUAUGCCUUGAGGGAUCAUUUGGAAUUAAACUCCACUGGCGUCUCGAACACCAACAUGAAACUAGAGGGCGCUGGCAAGUACGUAGGUUUAACUGUUCAGAUCAACUCCUCAACUGAUGCCUAUGUUUCGCCUGCUUAUCCGUUUUAUGGCACUAUCAUAAUCAUCCAUCAAUCCUCAAAUUACCCCGAGUUCUCGAAAAGUAUCGAUCUCGUUCAACCCGGACAAGAAGUUCGUCUCGCAGUUGAACCAACUGUCAUUGAAAGCACUGAAAAUGUUGAACGCAUGCCUCUUAGUCAACGAAUCUGCCUUUUUCCAGAAGAACGUGAGACAGAAAUGUCUGACGAUUACAGUUUCUCCAAUUGUUUGUCCGAGUGUCGAGCGAAUAUUGUGAUCAAAACUUGUGGCUGCAUUCCAUUCUACUAUCCGACGUUCGAUGAAAAUGUUUCUCGAAUUCCAAUGUGUCAGUUAAAAGACUCGCCUUGCCUUCACAAAAAUAGAGGACUCUUUCAAAGUAUUCAAGUGUCAACGGAGGAAUUCCUGAGACAACAAGCGGAGAACGGGAACACAACUCGUAAAAAUGGUCUGGAAUGUGAUUGUCCUCCCACCUGUUCGUCUGUCACAUUUGAUGUCGAACGCUUCACCGGUAAUAUAACGAGACACGCCACUCUCGGCAACCACUCCAUUGUUCAUGUCUACUUCAGUGCCUUGACUUGCAUCAAAUACCGUCGUGAUAUUUUUAUGACUUGGGAUACGUUGCUAACCUAUGUCUGGGCGGCUCUACCAUCUCCAUUCUCGAAGCAAUUUACUUUUGGACCUACAUCUUUUACACGCAGCUCCACAAACAAUUUGUGA